CCGACAGCAAACGCCAACAACGCAUACAUCCAAACUCCACCAUCCUCCAUCCACUCUCUCUUGCUUGGAAGCCAACCAUCGAUAUGGGGCUGACCCUCUCCACCGUCUUCAACACGCUCUUUGGCACCAAGGAGCGCCGCAUCCUGAUGGUCGGUCUUGACGCUGCUGGCAAGACCACCAUCCUCUACAAGCUCAAGCUCGGCGAGAUUGUCACGACCAUCCCAACUAUUGGAUUCAACGUGGAGACGGUCGAGUACAAGAACAUCAGCUUCACCGUGUGGGACGUCGGUGGCCAGGACAAGAUCCGCCCCCUCUGGCGUCAUUACUUCCAAAACACCGAAGGUCUCAUCUAUGUUGUGGACAGCAACGACCGCGAGCGCAUCAACGAGGCGCGCGAGGAGCUGAACAAAAUGCUCGAGGAGGACGAGUUGCGAGAUGCCACCCUCCUCGUCUUUGCCAACAAGCAAGAUCUGCCCAACGCCAUGUCUCCUGGCGAGAUUACGGAAAAGCUUGGCCUGACCCAACUCCGCUCCCGCAAGUGGUACAUCCAGGCCGCGUGCGCUACACAGGGCGAAGGCCUGUACGAAGGCCUCGAUUGGCUCUCCAAGGAGCUCGCCAGCAGGCCCUGAUGACUUGACAGUGCAACCCUGGUCUUUGCGCCCAUACACACACAACUCCCUGCAUGCUCGCGCCCACUCGUGCUGUCCCUCUCUCGUCUUGUCGUUCGUUGUCCUGCACACGUUCUUGUGUUUUUGCUUCCUGACUCUGGCUGGCUCUGCUUACGUUCAAUCAAAGUGACCAAUAAAGAACAACACACACACACACACACAAAUACACAUGACACGCAUCCAACAGCAACAGCAAGGCAUGUCAAUCAACA